UGUAGACUUUUAAAAAAAUCGGCAAGUAGGAUAUCCUUUGGAAGGGAUGAGAGACGGUGGCCGAGAGGCUCACAUCAAAAUGGCCGCAUUUUAGUCUACAGACGAUUUUCUUUACUGUUUGCCAAUAGCCGCAUAAAGGGCCUGGCAGUGUUCCCUUAAGUGGCAGAUCUGUUUCGCUGGAAAUUUCGCUGUUGAAUAAUCUGAAAAUUUUCGUGAAAUAGAACAAACUUCGGUUUUGCAUCACUUUUUUUACAUGAUGUUACGCCAUCAACAUCACGCAAUGCAAAACCAACUUCGAGAUCAUAAUAGAAUGGGUGGUCCGAUGCGUCCUAUGCAACAGGCAAAUAUGGCCCCUUUACAUCAGCCUCAGCAUCCGUUAUCGCAUCGGAAUCCACAUCAACAAAUACUGUCCAUGCCCCCCCAUCAACAACAUAUUCAUCAUAUGCAGCACCCUGGUCCACCACAUGGAAAUCCAAGACAACCAAUGUUGAUGGGCAUGAAUGCACAUAAUACGAAUGGUAUUUUAAAUGGCACCAUGGUUAGCGUCAGUCUAAAAGAUCAGACAAAUACUGUUUCUGUGACUCUACAAAAUCCUAAUGUACCACCACCACAGUAUUCACAACAACAAAACAAUCAACGAAAUCCUCCGCCUCCACAACAUAUUCAACAACCGCAAAACAUAGAAUCAAAUAAACCUGUUACAAGAACAAAAAAUGGAGAGUCCAGAGAUCAGAGUCCACCUACUCAAAAUCAUAUUAACGUGACUGAUUCAGCUUUGGCAAACAUGAAAGAAAAAACACCAAUGUGCUUAUUGAAUGAAUUAGCACGUUUUAAUAAAAUUCAACAUCAAUACAGAUUGACUAAUGAACAAGGACCAGCGCACAAAAAACGAUUUACAGUAACACUAAAAUUAGGAGAGGAAGAAUAUGUUGCUGAAGGUCCUAGCAUAAAAAAAGCUCAGCACAGCGCUGCUACUGAAGCAUUAACAAAAACUUGGUAUCAACGGCCUCCGCCGAAACCUACAAAGACGAUGAGAGCUGGACAUCCAGGAAAAUGUUUUAGUGGUCCUGGAAAUUUACCCCCAACUGUUGAAUUAAAUGCUUUGGCUAUGAAAAGAGGAGAAGCUACUGUCUAUACUUUUAGACAAGCUCCACCAGCAGGAUUACAACAAUAUGUUACAAAUAGUUUAGGACAUUUUCCUCGAAUAUUUAAUCCACGUUUUCCUACUUAUAAUCGUGGUUUUCAUGCAGAACCUCAAUUAUAUCUUGUAUCCUUAAAGGUAGGAGAACGUGAAUUUAUUGGUAGAGGUCUGACAGGUCAAGCAGCGCGACAUGAUGCGGCGAGUAAAGCUUUAGAACAAUUACGUCAAUUACCAUUACCGGAAGAAGUAGCAAAUUCUUGUAACACUGGUGAAAAUGGUACAUUAGGUGAAGCUAAAGAUCCAAUUGCAGAAUUGAAAAGUCCUGUAUCUUUAGUUCAUGAGAAAGCAUUAAAACGUGGUUUACCUGUUAGUUUCGAAGUUGUAUCAGAAAUUGGUAAACCUCAUAUUCGAACAUUCAGGACAAAGUGCACUGUUGGAGAUAAAGUUACAUUAGGAGAAGGACCUUCAAAGAAAGUAAGUAUCAAAGAACAUGCAGCUGAAUUUAUGUUAGAAGAACUCAAUCGUCUACCUCCGUUGCCAGAAACUAUACAAAAUCGUCUUGUUCGAGUAAAACGUAAACCACCGGCAACAAAAAAGAAGUCACGAAAUCUUAUAAAAGUUUAUCAAGAACCACGCUCUGAAACUGAUGCUGCAGAAGAAGUUAAUCCUGUUUCGCGAUUGGAUCAAAUACAACAAGCUAAACGAGAAAAGGAACCUGUCUAUAAUUUAAUUGAAGAAAAAGGAGCACCAAGGCGAAAAGAAUUCGUUAUGGAAGUUACUAUGGGACAACAUUCUGCUCAAGGAAUUGGUCCAAAUAAAAAGUUAGCUAAAAGAGCUGCAGCAGAGGCUCUUUUAGCGCAAUUAGGUUACAGUAAACCUCAACCACAACCUACUAAGCCAUCGAUUAAAACAGGAGAAAGUGAAAAUACUGAACAAAAACCUAGGAAAGUCACAUUUUUAGAAGAUGAACAAAUUAAUGAAACCCAAUCUCAUCCACCAGUAGGAGGAACUAUUGGACGUCAGUUAGUACCUGGACUUCUAUUAGUGGAUGGAGGUCAGGAAUCUAAAUUAGGCAGCGGACCUAGUGUACAAAUUGUUGCCGAAGAAUUACGAGGACAACAACAACAAAAUCCACCUACUGUUUCUCCCAAAGAUCAAUUAAAAUAUCUCUCUCAAUUAUUUAACUUCAGCGUGGAAUUUAAUGAUUUUCCAAAGGGAGCAGUGAAUAAAGAAUAUCUAUCACUUGUAACAUUAAGUACAGAUCCACCACAAGUUUGUCAUGGUAAUGGGCCAACGAGAACUGCGAGUCGUAACGAAGCAGCAUUGAAAGCUUUAUGUACUUUAAGUAAGCUGGGUCUCGAUAAUGCAUCCAACUCACAAACAAAAAAAGAUAAAGGUGCGUCUGGAGAUGGAAUACACAUUAGCAUUCAAGUUAAAAACAAUAUAAUGGAUGGAGCUAUUGAUAAUUGUUGAAUGAAGUAAUCGGAGGGAAAAUGAGUCUUCUCGAUCUAUCUCUCUGGGCCUUAUUACAUGGUAACUUCAAUAUUGAAUCACCGAUGACUCUCGAUCUUCAUACAUUACGCCAUUGCUUCUUUAACUUAACGGAUCGCGGAUUUUGAAGAUCAGUAGCUUUUUAUGAAGGAUCAAUCUUUUGCAGUGCCUUAAUCGCAACAAAAAAUUGCUCAAGCACCAAUAAAUGAUAAAUA